AUGUGGUACAUUUACCUAUUUAAACCUCUACGUCCCCUCUCUCACGCAGCAACAGCGCUUCUUCAAGCUACAACAGCAGCAAUAUUAUCGUUCUCUAGUACCUUUCCUAUCUCUAAUCUAAACAAUCCUCUUCAAAUCAUACAGUACAAAGGGCCUAAGGAAACCUCUCGUCAUAAACCCUUAAAGGGGCUGUUAAGCAAAAACACUCAAAAACUAAACACUAAACUAGAGAGCAAAGGAGAUCUUGCACCUACGUCAGACGGAGCUAAAUUGAUCAAUUUAACAUCCUCAGACAUAGAUAGAGAAACUAAUAGCAACAUCAGCGGUACCGCAGGUGAAGAAGUUAGUAAUAUUAGCAGUUACGAAAAAUUUACACUUCUAUGCGAAAUUAAAGGCAGAGAGGACGAGAACUCAAAUAAGCUAACUCCCAAUAUUACUAAUCAAGACAAGGGUGACUUACAUGAAAACAAUGCAAAUAUGCAGGCAGGUCACGAGCUUAAGGUUUCAAGCACCACAGCCACGGGUACUUAUGGUGGGAAGUUCUUUGUCAAACAAGCAGCGCAAGACUAUUUCCGUACCGUCGAAAACAGAAGCAGCAGCAAUACUAAUAGGGAUUAUGACAAUUGCGACAAUUCGACUACGGGGCUCACCAGCAAGCGGAAACGCCUACAGCCAACCUAG